AUGACUGAUAAAUCUAUACAUCAGGGUGGUUCGGGGGCGCAUGGCCAUUGCUGCGAAAUCGGCGAGAUAAUUUCUGAAACAAAUAAGGGCCAUAAUCGAAUAUAUGACGACCCAAUGAUCGAAUUAUCAUAUGGUUAUUUGGACGAAGGUGAGACUGAUGCGCCUCCGGUUAACGUAGAGACGGGCGCUGUCUCGACACAGUCUUUUUCAUCCCUUAUCACAAAUGGAUACCAGCCGAUAAGAAACUCGACCUUUUUCCCACCAACUCAUGAAAAGCAAAGCCCAUCCAUCAGAAGAAGAUAUUCAGAAUUUGAGGGAUUUAGAAGCUAUCUGAUGGAAAAAUAUCCCAACAUUCUGUUUCCGCCAAUUCCGGAGAAGCACACCAUCCUUAAAAUACGGUCGCCCGAUAAAGGAAUGCUGGAGCGGCGUUGUGCGAUUCUGCAGAUCUUUACAAAUCGCCUUGCGCUGCAUCCGAAAAUCGGAAAGUUGCAUCUUUUCCAUCUGUUUAUAACCACGGCAAUUCCGUUGCCAGAGCUUCUGGCCAGAAACAAUGCCACGUUUAUCAAUACCGAUGCCCCAUUUGAUCAGGAUACCGUCUAUAACUUUCUAUGGGACAAGGCCGAAACAACCAACGACUCGAUUCGAGCUUCUUUAAAUUCCUUGUAUAAGAUAUGCAAGACCUUGUCGAAAUCUUUUGGAGAUGUCCUUGCAGAAACCAAUUGGAAUCUUGCUGGCCUUGAUCCUGAGCUGGCGAAUUUUCAGAAAUUGCAAACAAGCAAUAAAAAAACAGAAGAUUCACUUGUGGAAACGCUGUUUUCUUUCAGCCUCAAAAACGGCGACAUCGUACCAAGUUCGGAAUUUUCAUUUUUAGGGGAAAAUAUUUUUUCUACGCUCCCAUCUUUUGAAGGAUCGAUCUUUGAAUGUAAGCGUGCCCACUCCAGCAAAAUGGAAAACCUCCGCAGAACGCUUGCUACUGAAAAGGCGAACAUUGACUCCUCAACUAGAAGCGAAGGCCAAAUGCUGUUGUCUUCUGAAGACCAAAGCGUAAAUAUGCGGAGAAUAUCUUCCUCUCUAAGCCCAUCGAAUAUCUUUCGCAACCUGUCUGUUGCCCUGUCCUCGCUGCUUGACAGGGAGGCUAGCGUUGAAACGGCCCUUCGACGUUCCUUGGAAACCAUCUCAAAGGUAUGCACCCAAUCAUCGAUGGUCCAUCCUGCAAGGUUUCAUGGAUUUCGACCACAAGGUAUCGCCCAAUCACCCCAUCGCAUGUCAAUAUUCUGUCACACUCGUAUUAUUUGGCCAAUUAGGGCCUAUGUUUUGCAUUUUGAUGCUCUUUUGAAUUUAUUUAAUUAUGCUAUUUUAGGGGGCGCCGAUUUAGUCAAAUCUGCCCCAGGCUUCAUGACAAAAUAG